GUGUUCUUGUGGAAAUUGCCACGACAAUCAUCUGGUCCUGAGGGCAGAAUUUCGGUGCUGUAAAGAAAUGGCUWGUUGCUUGGGACGCUUCACUUUCGAAGGGUUAAAUGYUCAAUGUAUUUUAACACACCCGGAUUACCAAGCGAUGACCAACAAAACAGUACUACUUCAAGUUGGGCCUCUGUUCACAGAUAAAGAAGGCAGACGAUACCGUAAACAGGGACACACUGAAAACGAGUUUAUUAAGGCAGUGGCUUAUAGAUGGUUGAUAAGAUGGUUGUGUGGAUAUAUGGGAUGGGAGAAUACUAGACCUCUUCCAGCUUGUAUAUAUCAUGACAUCAGGUGCAAAUAUCCAASCAAUGCAACUAAAGGGUACCAAUCUGGGCAAGAACGAGCUGCAAAUAACAGCUAAUUAACACUGUGCUUGCAAAAUAUUUCUUACUGAUUGUUCAAURCAUUUUUUCACCUUUU